UUUCAAAUUCCUCAAACCUUUCAUUUCACUUUCUUUCCUCUCUCAAACCCUCUGAAAAAUUCCCAAAACUUUUGCGAUUUUUUCUACACAAACACAGAAGAAAAAGAUGGAUUUCUUUGCAAUGAAGAGGAAGAAGCUUCAAAGCCUCUGCAAGAAGCACGGUAUUCCUGCUAAUCUUAAGAAUAAAGAUAUGGCUGAGAAACUUUCUUUGAUCUACAAGGAAGAAAAAAAUGAGAAUCCCGGGUCACGCCGGUUACAAUCUGAUGCUGACAAAUCGAAUGUGGAAAUUAUAGUAUUGGACUCUGACAGUGAUUCUGAUGUUCAAAUGGAAGAUACUGUUGCUGAGAAGGAUAUUAAUGUGAAAACUAAUGUAAUUGCUGAACACUUACUUGAUGAGGAACAAGAUCAAGUUCUAACCAGUUCUCCAAUAAGUGAAGGCAAAUCUGAUUUUAAUGCUCCUCACACUGACGAUUCAGGCAUCGCCGCUGGAAAUGCCGAUGCCUGUGAAGUGAAGUCACCUGCACCAAGUGAUCUUAAUACUUGUCACAUUGUCGAUUCAGUUGCAACGCAUACUGAUGAGGUUAAGUCCAGUGACCUUAAUGAUCUCGUGUCAUGCCCCUUACGAUUCGAUGAAGACAAAUCGAAUUUGAAAAUUACAGAAUUGAACUUUGACGAAGAUACUGAUGCUCAAAUGGAAGCUUCAGAUACUGUUGCCGAGAAGGAUUCUAAUGAGAAGACAGAUGUGAGAGCAGGGCAUUUACUUGAUAAGGAACCAGAUCUAAACACUUCUCCACUUGGUGAAGUCAAGUCCCGCGAUCUUAACGAUCAAUACAAUGUUGAUUCGGGUACUGCUGCUGAAAAUGCAGAUGCCUAUGAAGUGAAGAUUGCAACACCUGGUGAUCAUAAUGUUCAUGACAUGAUUGAUUCAGGCACUGCUGCUGGGCAUAUAGAUGCCUGUGAAGUGAGGUCAGCUGAAAGAAGUGACAAGGUUGGAUCUUUUUAUGUGGAAGAAGACAUUCAAAUGAGUGCCAAUAUUUUAGAUGGGUUUGGCAACUAUAUGAUGUUGAGAGAUUUUCAGACAUCGAGUGAAAGUACUGAUGUUCAUGAAGAUACUGAUGUCCAUCAAGGAUCAGUUGAUCAAGUUCCCAAAUUAGGAGAUUAUCAUUGUGUAAUAUCCCAAGCUGCUACAACCUGCCUUGAUGCAUCACCGUGUGCAAAAAGUACUGAUGAUAACACCAAUGUGAAUGUUGAGAAUACUCUAGAUGAGGUUCAUUCGUCUAGUUUUGGAGAUUCAGAUGGGACUCCAGUUCAGUUUCUAAAAACUAAUCCAUUAAGCGAAGUCGACACUAGUGAUCUUGAUGCUGAUAAAAUGGUUGUUACAGGCACAGCUACUAAAAAUGCAUGUACAAGUGGGGCAAAGUUUGAAUUGUCGCAAAAGAUGUGUAUAAAUCCAGCUUCAAAGGAAAUAGUCGGUUCAUCUACCAAGUUGCAAAUUAAUUCAGUGUCCCCAAGAGAUGUUAUAUUUUGUAAUAUGGAAGAAAGCGUGCAGAUUGGUGUUAAUAGGGAGAACAUUGAUCCCAAUGAAGAUGUUAUGCAUGCAGAACCUAAUGCGAUGGUCAUGAGCCAUAAUGAGGAUCUUAUGUUGGAGGAUGAAGUUGCGAAUGUGGAUGAUAAAUUUGAUCUUCUUGAAAGUGUUCCUGGAUCUGUUAAUCCAGGUAUCACAAAUAACACUCAAUUGAACUCUGACAUUGGUAUCGAUGUUCAAAUGGAAGCUUCAGAUACUGUUGCUGAGAAGGAAUUUUGGGAGAAGACCAAUGUGAGGGCUGGUCAUUUACUUGAUAAGGAACCAGAUCAGUUUCCAACCACUUCUCCACAUAUUAAAGGCAAGUCCAGUGAUCUUAAUGUUCCUGGAUCUGUUAACCCAGGUGACAGAAAUAGCACUCAAGGAUCAAACAUAAAAACUGGUUUGAUGAACACCUAUGUGACUGGUGGAGAUCUUCUAGAUGAGGUUCUUUCAUCUAGUUUUGCAGAAUCAGCUGGGUCACCAGUUCAGUUUCUGCCUACUGAUCUGUUAAGGGAAGCAGAGACUAGUGAUCUCAAUGUUCACAAAAUGUUUGAAACAGGAUGGAGUGAUAUGGAUGAUAAUAAUGGUGCAAAUUCAGACGAGGAAGUGAAAGCAGAUGAGCUUGUUCCAGCUGUGCUGCAAUCUAGUGAAAUGGAGUCAUGUGAGUUUGGCCUUCAAGAACUUUUUGCUCAAGACACUGCUUCUGGAGAUGAAGAUUCUAAUCAAAAGAAGUUGGACUCAGCAGAAGAUGAAAAUCAAGCUUAUCAUGCGAGCCAGAAAAGGAAAAGGAGUGAUGGUGAUGAUAUCAAUGGUGCAAAUUCAAAUAAGGAAGUGAAAGCAAAUGAGCUUGUUCUAGCUGAGCCUCAAUAUAGUGAAAUGGAGUCAUCUGAUUUUGGCCUUCAACAACUCUUUGCUCAAGAUACUGCUUCUUCUGGAGAUGAAGAUGCUAUUCAAAAGAAGUUGGAGUCACCAUCAAAGGCUACAGCAAUUUCAAGUGGCGAGAAAAGCAUUCUAUUUACUCCAAAGUUCAAUGAAUCAUCCAUGAUGCAUAAAGAGAUGGAGAUUUCCAUGAUUGAAGAGGAAAACCAUCGGGAGGAUUGCAUUUCAGCGCAGCGAGAAAUAAGCAAGUUUUUUGACACCUCCAAUGUUCAUGAUGAUAUUGGUCUAGAUGGACCUAAAGAUGAAAAUCAAGCUUAUUCGAUGAGCCGGAAAAGGAAAAUGAGUGAUGUCGAUAAUAUUAGUGGUGCAAAUUCUGAUGAGGAGCUGAAAACAGAUGAGCUUUUUCCAGCUGCGGUGCAAUCUAGUGAAAUGGAGUCAUGUGGUUUCGGCCUUCAACAACUUUUUGCUAAAGACACUGCUUCUUCUGGAGAUGAAGAUGCUAUUCAAAAGAAGUUGGAGUCACCAUCAAAGGCUACAGCAAUUUCAAGUGGCGAGAAAAGCAUUCUAUUUACUCCAAAGUUCAAUGAAUCAUCCAUGAUGCAUAAAGAGAUGGAGAUUUCCAUGAUUGAAGAGGAAAACCAUCGGGAGGAUUGCAUUUCAGCGCAGCGAGAAAUAAGCAAGUUUUUUGACACCUCCAAUGUUCAUGAUGAUAUUGGUCUAGAUGGACCUAAAGAUGAAAAUCAAGCUUAUUCGACGAGCCGGAAAAGGAAAAUGAGUGAUGUCGAUAAUAUUAGUGGUGCAAAUUCAGAUGAGGAGCUGAAAACAGAUGAGCUUUUUCCAGCUGCGGUGCAAUCUAGUGAAAUGGAGUCAUGUGGUUUCGGCCUUCAACAACUUUUUGCUAAAGACACUGCUUCUUCUGGAGAUGAAGAUGCUAUUCAAAAGAAGUUGGAGUCACCAUCAAAGGCUACAGCAAUUUCAAGUGGCGAGAAAAGCAUUCUAUUUACUCCAAAGUUCAAUGAAUCAUCCAUGAUGCAUAAAGAGAUGGAGAUUUCCAUGAUUGAAGAGGAAAACCAUCGGGAGGAUUGCAUUUCAGCGCAGCGAGAAAUAAGCAAGUUUUUUGACACCUCCAAUGUUCAUGAUGAUAUUGGUCUAGAUGGACCUAAAGAUGAAAAUCAAGCUUAUUCGACGAGCCGGAAAAGGAAAAUGAGUGAUGUCGAUAAUAUUAGUGGUGCAAAUUCAGAUGAGGAGCUGAAAACAGAUGAGCUUUUUCCAGCUGCGGUGCAAUCUAGUGAAAUGGAGUCAUGUGGUUUCGGCCUUCAACAACUUUUUGCUAAAGACACUGCUUCUUCUGGAGAUGAAGAUGCUAUUCAAAAGAAGUUGGAGUCACCAUCAAAGGCUACAGCAAUUUCAAGUGGCGAGAAAAGCAUUCUAUUUACUCCAAAGUUCAAUGAAUCAUCCAUGAUGCAUAAAGAGAUGGAGAUUUCCAUGAUUGAAGAGGAAAACCAUCGGGAGGAUUGCAUUUCAGCGCAGCGAGAAAUAAGCAAGUUUUUUGACACCUCCAAUGUUCAUGAUGAUAUUGGUCUAGAUGGACCUAAAGAUGAAAAUCAAGCUUAUUCGACGAGCCGGAAAAGGAAAAUGAGUGAUGUCGAUAAUAUUAGUGGUGCAAAUUCAGAUGAGGAGCUGAAAACAGAUGAGCUUUUUCCAGCUGCGGUGCAAUCUAGUGAAAUGGAGUCAUGUGGUUUCGGCCUUCAACAACUUUUUGCUAAAGACACUGCUUCUUCUGGAGAUGAAGAUGCUAUUCAAAAGAAGUUGGAGUCACCAUCAAAGGCUACAGCAAUUUCAAGUGGCGAGAAAAGCAUUCUAUUUACUCCAAAGUUCAAUGAAUCAUCCAUGAUGCAUAAAGAGAUGGAGAUUUCCAUGAUUGAAGAGGAAAACCAUCGGGAGGAUUGCAUUUCAGCGCAGCGAGAAAUAAACAAGUUUUUUGACACCUCCAAUGUUCAUGAUGAUAUUGGUCUAGAUGGACCUAAAGAUGAAAAUCAAGCUUAUUCGACGAGCCGGAAAAGGAAAAUGAGUGAUGUCGAUAAUAUUAGUUGUGCAAAUUCAGAUGAGGAGCUGAAAACAGAUGAGCUUUUUCCAGCUGCGGUGCAAUCUAGUGAAAUGGAGUCAUGUGGUUUCGGCCUUCAACAACUUUUUGCCAAAGACACUGCUUCUGAAGAUGAAGAUACUUAUCAAAAGAAAUUGGACUCAUCAUCAGCAGGUACACCAAUUGCAGCAAGUGGAGAGAAAAGCAUCAUUUUUACUCCCAGGCUCCAUGAGUCAUCAAUGAUGCAUAAAAAGAUGAGGAUUGAAAUGAAUUUGUCUCAAAAACCUGCAGCAAGAGAUAGUGUUGGUACUUUUGCUAUGAAAGAGAACAUUAAAACUGACAAGGAAGACAUUAGCUCGACUGUCUCAAGGAAUAAGUUUGCUAAGAGGCUACCUCUUCAAGAUCUUCAUCAAAAUUGAACUUAACAGUCUAUGUAGUGUUUGUUAGUUACUGUUUGCAACUUAGUGAAUGAUCAUGAUACUAUUUAUUUGAUGAUCAUGAUUCUAAUUAUUUGAUGUUCAUGCUUUGUAAGUAUGGAAGACAUUAUGAUGACUGUUGGUGUUUAGUGUAAGUUCUUUUUAAUGCUUAUUGCUUAAUGCCUUUUA